AUGGGAGAAUCUUCUAGAAUGUUGGUUUUGCCUGAAGCUCCUGCUGCGUCUUCUACUGCUGCAGUAAUGGGUGCUGCUUCUAUAUUGGAGCCUUUGCGUGCAAUCAAGAGUUUGGCCAAAGCCAAAGAAGAGGGAACGGCAAAGACAGGACAAAAGGACUUUUUGCAAGUUCUCUUGGAACUAAGAGGGCAAGACGAUGUUGCACCAUCAAUGAGCAUAACCCAAAUCAAGGCCAUGGUUUUUUUGGACAUAGUGAUAGCUGCUACCGACACCACAACGACCAUGUUGGAAUGGGUGAUGGCAAUGUUGUUGAAGCAUCCAAAGAUAAUGAGAAAGACAUUCCGUUUGCACCCACCUGGUCCUUUUCUAUUACUUCGUACUCCAAGUGAAUUUAAACUUGAGAGAUUUCUAAAUAAUGCUUAUGAUAGGUUUGAUUAUUCAGGCAACAAUUUUAAGUAUCUUCCAUUCGGGUCCGGGAGAAGAAUAUGCACUGGGCUUGCACUAAGGGAGAGGACACUCAAAUACAUAUUGGCUUCAUUUUUGCAUUCCUAUGAGUGGAAAUUGCCACAAGGUUCAGAGAUAGAGUUUUCUGACACUUUCGGUGUUAUUACCAAGAAGAAGAAUCCAACCAUUGCAAUUCUAACUCCAAGGUUAUCCAAGUCUGAGCUCUAUACAAAAUAG